CGCCACCGGGUUCAAAGUUGAAAGUCAAAUAACACUGCAGCUCCUCAGCAUGGCGGUCCUAGUGGGACACAGAGCCCUGCUGCAAGCCUUCCGCGGCCAGGCGACAAGCCGGGACAGUGUGUGUAAGCUAGCGGUGGCCUUCUCCUGCUCCAGACACUAUGCUGUCUGCGGUAAACUGUCGCUUUCUUCUCAUGUCAACAGUUUCGGAGCACUGACUCGACACUACAGCUCGGACUCGAAGGAGGACCUGCGAGUCAGAUACCUGGACGGAGAAGACGCCGGUAUUGUUGUUGUUGGGAUAAAUCGACCAAAAGCAAAAAAUGCCAUAAGUAAAAAUCUGGUCAAAAUGAUGUCUGAGGCUGUGGAGGAUAUCAAGAAGAAUAACAAAGUGCGUAGUGUCAUUUUAUGCAGUUUGGUUCCUGGGAUCUUUUGUGCAGGUGCAGACCUGAAGGAGAGGGCCAAGAUGCACCAGAGUGAAGUGGGACCGUUUGUGUCCAAAGCAAGAGCACUCAUCACAGAGCUGGGUAAUCUGCCGGUACCAACAAUUGCUGCAAUUGAUGGAGCUGCCUUAGGCGGAGGCCUGGAAAUGGCACUUGCUUGUGACAUCAGAAUUGCCUCUGAUACUGCGAAAAUGGGACUAGUUGAGACCAAACUUGCGAUUAUUCCUGGAGCAGGUGGGACACAGCGUCUUCCCAGGGCGAUUGGUGUCUCUCUUGCUAAGGAGCUAAUUUUUGCUGCCCGGGUGGUGGAUGGGACAGAGGCGUGUCGCCUGGGUCUUGCCAAUCAUUCUGUGGAGCAAAAUAAGACUGGAGAUGCAGCCUACCUGCGGGCUCUGGAGCUUUCCCGCGAGAUCAACCCUCAGGGUCCAAUUGCAAUAAGGAUGGCAAAACUGGCGAUCAACCAGGGGAUAGAGGUGGAUUUAUCUACAGGUCUGGCAAUUGAAGAAGCAUGCUAUGCCCAGGUGAUCCCAACUAAAGAUCGGUUGGAGGGUUUGACUGCAUUCAAGGAGAAGAGGCGUCCUCACUUCAAGGGAGAGUGAAGCCACACUCCUUCCACAAAUAAUCCCAGAGUUCUGCCUUCUGCUCUCCCACUACUCCACUGCUUCCAACAUAUAUCUGGGUCAAACUGUACACGUCAACACAUCAAGCUGUACACUACCCAGAGGACUUGUGAUUGACCGCAGGACACUUGAGUUGUUCCUGGCUCGUGUGUUUGCAGGUGACUUGAAUGCUCAGUGUAAAGCGCUUGCUGGGAGCGUCGAAUGCCUGGAAGAAAAGUAACCAAUCAUUGGCCACUGAUAAUACUAUACAAUACUAUACAAUUUACAAUACUAAAAACUUGUAUAACUAACUUAAAACAGCAGUUCAAAUGACCUCCAGUGGUUAUUGCCCUUUGCAUUAUGAAUGACAGCUGGUCACUAACCUCCCUGACUAAUGAACCAGUCCAGAGCCAUUGACAUUUCUGUGAAUGCUCCACAUAAAUGAUGUAUCAGACAAUUUAUUGGUGUUUUAAUUUGGUAGAAAUGUACCACUGUGCUCACAUAGCUGAAUAACAUGAAAUCAUAAAACGUGUUUUCUUUU